CCACGGAAGCCAGCGGCGACGUCCCCAAUUGCCGGGCCUGUAUCCUGCAAUCUGGAGGUCUCAGCCUUAACCUGCAAGACUGCAGCGCUACAGUGAUGCGUAUGGAAGUCGAAUGUGGCACACUAGAUGGCCGCAGUUUCCUUCCUUCCUCGUGAUCAUCGCGUUCUUGCCAUUCUAGACGCGUUUCUGGGUACUCGACUUCGGUUCCUGCGUUGCCUCCCUAAGUUUCGAGCGCCUGCCCAUUCCAUGCGCCCGCAAUAACAUUCAGGACAAAUCACCUGCUUCCUGAACCAAUUUGUGUUCACGGUUCUCAUAUUGCUGCAUAUCCAAUCUUGAAUCAUCGGCAUACAUUUACAAGUGCAGAGUAUCGGGAGUUCAAACCUCUCUCGGUCUCAUCAUGUCGUCCAUGGUCACAUCCAUCUGGCACACGCUGUGGGAUGUGGCGCAUUUUUGGCGGAAGAAAACAGUCGCCUAUGUGUUCGGCCGCUCCCCUCUGGAAACAUGGGCCGAGACCCUCCGCAGCGCAUCCACGUACGACGAGUGGAGGGGGGCGGCCCAGCACCUCGACAGCAUUCUCGACUUGGACAUGUGGCGGCUGAACCCGACAAGCAAGCUCUACGACUAUCGCCUCAUCAACGAGCGGGUGCGCCUCAUCCAGACCAUGCGCCAGGAGGGUGACGUUUACGGCCUGCUUAACGUGCUGCGCUCGGGCCUCGUCCGCAAUUUGGGCAACAUAACCAGCCCCCGCCUGUUUAACUGCAGCUUCACUGGCACCAAGCGUCUCAUCGAGGAAUAUGUCGACCUGUAUGUUGAGGCGAUCCGGGAUAUCUUAAUGCUGCCGCCACCGCCUCUGGACGCCGGCUCCAGGGCGGAGCCCACCGUCGACAUGGUGGCCCAGACCGAGUGGGAGGACGGCGAAGUCACUGCGGACAGCGGUGGAGUCGAAGACGGCUGUGCAGCUGCCGCUGUGAGCGCUAGUACCGCGGCUGCCUUGAGUGACCGCUCGCCUAAGGGCGGCAUGGCGACGGCGACCAUUCCAACACAGCACAAGCUGGAUUUCAUCUCCCACACGAGACAGGGAUUUGGACGGAGCGCCCUCGUGCUGCAGGGCGGCGCCAUAUUCGGCCUGUGCCAUCUUGGUGUCGUAAAGGCCCUGUUCCUGCAAGGCUUGCUCCCGCGCGUCAUCAUUGGCACGGCCACUGGCGCCAUGAUGGCGGCCCUGGUCGGCGUCCAUCCCGAGGAGGACCUGCUCCGGAUCCUGACGGGCGACGGCAUCGAUCUCUCGGCGUUUGCGGGCAAGGGCAAAGACCCGGACCACCACAACGAGCAAGUCAGGCAGUCGAUGUGGACGCGGUGUGCCACCUUGAGCAGGCGGAUACGGCGGUUCAGGAACGAAGGCUACUUCCUGGACGUCAAGGUGCUGGAAGAGUGCAUCAGGGCAAAUGUCGGGGACCUUACGUUUGAGGAAGCCUAUCAGCGCAGCAAGAGAAUCCUGAACAUCACCGUUGUCCCCGCCGGACAGCAGGGUAUCCCGACACUGCUCAACCACGUAACUGCGCCUAAUGUGCUAGUCUGGACAGCAGCUGUCGCCUCCAACGCCUCGUCCUCCACCUUCUACGGCCACCGUCAAACCAAGAUUCUCUGCAAAGACGUGGACGGCAAUAUCCUCCCCUGGGCGCCGGCCGCCACCGUCGACUUCGGCCACUGGACGUCGGCCUCGUACAAGGGCCGCAACGCGCCGCUGCAGCGCGUAUCCAGCCUCUUCAACGUCAAUCACUACAUCGUGUCCCAAGCCCGGCCCUACCUGAUCCCCUUCCUCCAGUCCGACAUGCACGGCCCGUCGGCGCUUGGCCGGCGCAACAAGCUCACCGAGUCCAAGGCCUUUAUCACGCGCCUGAUCGGCCUCGAGAUGCGCCACCGCCUCCGCCAGCUCGAUCGCCUGCAUCUCCUGCCGGCCUCCAUCCGCCGGUUCCUAGUCGACGAGAACAUACCGGGAGGCGCGAGCAUGACGCUCGUGCCGCAGAUCUCGCUGCGCGAUUUUGUGCGCCUGCUCGAGACGCCCACCAAGGAGACGCUCGAGUACUGGAUCCUGAGGGGCGAGCGGAGCGUGUGGCCGGCCGUCGCGGCGCUGCGGGUGCGCUGCGCCAUCGAGAUGGAGCUCGAGAAGGCGUAUCAGGACGUAAAGCGGCUCAAGGCGUCGGAUUUGAGACGCAAGGCGAGCGAGAUUGCGCAGAUGAGGGCGAGGUUGAAUAGGGAGGCUGGUGGGUUUGGACGUGGUGCGGGUAUUAGUGGGGAUGUGAGACCGAGGUCUUGGAGUACGAGUGCGAGAUAUCCUGGCAUGCCGGAGGCGGGAGAUUAAUGGGUGGUGGUGUGCCUCCAAUGUGUUGCAUGAUGGGAAUUUGGGGGGUGGCAAUGAGGUUGUACAGGGGAGGGAGAAGGCUCGAAGUACAAUGCAAGGUAUACUGUUAAAAUGGGAAAAGCCCCAGAGUGUAAGCGCGAGCUGUACUUGUUUGUAGAAGGUUCGGGGCUGAUAGGCCAUGACAUGUGGUGCCGGUGUUUUCCCGUCAAGAAUAAAUGUUGACACUCCACAGGCGCUAGGUGGGCGGAAAAAAGGGGUAAAAGGAGUUGCUUAAGCAGGGCUGCCCAGAUAGGUGUUCACAUUUGUAGCAAUACGCUCUGUUCUAAUUUCCACU